AGGGGAGAGAGCGGAGGAGGAGGAGAAGGAGGAGGAGAAGGAAUGAGGGCUGGUGCAGCCCACUUUCGAAUGCGACCAGCUGGCCCAGUUUCCAAGCAUGCACGCGCCCUCAUUCCCACACAUGCCCUCACUUCCUCGCACGCGCUCAUGCCCGAAAACUCCCACCCGCAACCAGCCACAGCAGUUGGAUCUGGUGCAUCCAUUGCUGCUGCUGCUGCUGCUGCUGCUGCUCCUUUUUCUCUUGCCCUUGCUCCUGCUGCUGCUAUCACUCUUCCUCCUCCUCCCUCUGCUCCUGCUUCUUCUUUUGCUCCUGCUCCUUCUCCUCCUCCUGCUUAUGCUACUGCUGCUGCUCUGGUAUCAGCUGUCGCAGCCAGUCCCAUUCUUGCCGCACUGCUUUCACGUCAAGCAUCUCAGCUCUUCAGCUCAUCUCAGCUACGCAACUCAUCUCGGCACUUCAACACACACCAUGCAAUUACUGCCCCUGCUGCUGCUGGUACUGCUGGUGGUGGUGCUGUGGCUGCUGCUGCAUGCUUUUCAGGAAGGGUUUGGGAAAACAGUGAAGGGGGGGCGGUUCAAUGGGAGGGGAAGAGGGGGGUAGUAAGUGGGGGAGAGGGGAGGCCACUGGUGUGUUUGAAGGAUGGUCAAAUUGAGGGGUUUCGGGAAAGGAGUGAGGGAGACCCGGUGAAGUGGGAGGGAAUAGCGGGAGCAGUAAGGUUGGGAGAGGGGAGAUCCGUGGUAUAUCCAAGGAGGGAUGGUCGAAUGGGAGGGGUUUGCAGUAGCAGUGAGGGAGGGAGAGGGGAGAAGAGAGGGAGGGAGGGAGAGGGAGAGGAAGUGGAUGGGAGAGGGGAACGGCUGGCAAGAGGAAUAAACCAGGGGGCCACGACAGGUAGGUCAGCGGAGGGUUUAGCAGCAAGGGCUGACGAUACACGGUGGGAUGGUGGUUGCGGGAAUGGUGGUGCUGGAGGUGGUAGUGGUGGUGGGAAUGGUAGUGGGGUUGGAGGUGGUUUCGGUGAUGCAAGCAGCGGGAGUGGUGACAGUGGGUGCAGCAGAGGAGACUCACUCAACAAAGGAGGGUCCCGCUCACGCAGCAGGGCAAUGCAGAACACAGCAAACCCAGGGGCACCUAUUAUUACCACCUCAGCCGGAUCCAGGCAAAUCCCCACUGAUGGUGAUGAAGAACCCUCCAACAGAAACACACCCUUUGAUGCCACUGAGAACCGCCCCACCAGCACCAGCACCAGUGCAGCUCCCUGUGCCAGUACUACCCCUCCUUGCCCGUUCACUUCGCCACCCAGCAAGCGCGUGAAAAAAGACAAGAACAAGUACCGCGGCGUGCGGCAGCGGCACUGCGGAAAGUGGGUGGCGGAGAUUCGAUUUCCCAAGAAGAAGUCCCGCGUGUGGCUCGGGACGUUCACCUGCCCGGAAGACGCUGCCCGGGCGUACGACCGGGCAGCGAUAAAAUUGCGUGGGCCCCGUGCGUUGACGAAUUUUCCGGAUGAUGAUGAGGAUUGUCCGAGUUGGGCCGGAUAUGCUGAGAUGGGGUCAAAGGGGGAGGGGGGAGUGGAGCAGGGGGAGAUGGGAGAUGGUGAUAUGGGGUUGAAUAAGGAGGGGCGAAUGGAGAUGGUGGAGGAGAGAGAGUUAGGAAAGCGCAUGGAAGGGGAAAGAGGGGGAGGGUGUCAAAGUGAGAGAAUCCAUUGAGGAGGCACAUGCAGGACAGAGUUGCUAUAUGUGUGUUGUACCCUCUACAUUCUGCCCUAGUUAGCCUACAGUACAUGUACAUAUAUACGCAGACACACCCCGUAGACUAGGUAGGGGCAGAGUCUGGCAGCAAAUGCAUCACAGCAAACCAGGGCGGCACUACUAGUCUGACCUCUGAUGUAUGUAACAAGCUGCUCAGGGCAGCAUUACUAGUCAGGCCACUGAGACAAGGGCCACAAGGCUAGUCAGCAAGUGUAACUAGACAACCGGUGUAGAACUGUAAGAGUAGCGAAGUGUAGCUAGCAAGGCAUACAGGUGGAAUAUAUGGUUUGGUGUUGU